CUCGGAAUGCCGUCAGCGGCACUCGAAACGUCCAAUGCGCGAUGGCCUUCACCGCACACAAACCUGGCACGCCCUUCAUGCGUGACCCAUCUCCUGACAGACCCGGUCUUCGACGAUCUUCGGCACCAUUCGCCCAAAUAUGCUGAUUGAUAGAUAGUAUGUACACAGUUGAUGUGAUGUGUAAGUUUUUCAUGCCACGACAUGCCAUACCACGGUUGCACGGGGAAACUGCUAUAACUAUCGUGUCUCAUGGGCUUGUUCCCACUCUGGCCUUCAAUCUCAACCGACUUCAAGUUGCCGCAGCCCAAAACUUUUGUCUCGCUUUGUUGCAGCGAAAACUGUCAACUGAGACAUCCCACCCAUUUUCCAUCUUCCAACCUGGCCCCUCCACCAAACAAGUAACCACAACUUCGUAAUCCGUUGCCCACCCUAGCGAAAAGAAUCAUCAUGGCCCGCGGCGAUACUCGUGCCCGUACCGGGCUGUCGACCUUCCUCCUCGCCAGCACCGCCCUGGUCUGGAUCUCGUCCGUCAUCGUCAUGGGCAUCCUGGCCUACCUCGUCUCCAAGGGCUGGCGCGGCGACCACGUCAUCUACGAGCUGGUCAUUUCGGUCCUCACCACGGCUUUCUACCUCGCGGCCUUCUUCCUCGGCGCCUACCCGGGCUACGUGCUGCUGUUCAACCUGAUCUUCUCGUACCUGUGGAUCGUGGUCGUCUCCUUCACCGCCUCCGACUGGAGUUACAGUCACGACAGCCUGCUGCUCACCGCCGAGGCCUUCAGCUUCGUUGCCUUCUUCUUCCUCCUGUUCAACGUCCUUUACGACUGGCACUACGGCUUCUACCGCGGCGGUGCCAGGACUAGGGCUGUUGUCUGAGCAAAGGCAGUUGGGUUGGCAGUGGGCUGCACUGUGACGAACGGGGACAGCGACUGAGGGAGGCUUGAACGAUACUGGAGGAUACUACUUGGGAGGUUGCCCGCGAGAGUGUGUGGGAGGAUGGCGGAGGACGAAUUGACCAUGAUACCACGAAAUGCUGCGGUUUGUUUCAGCAGAACGGAGGGUUUGAUGACAUUUCAAUACCCCUUUUCUACAAACCUAAUGACGAUAAUGACUUGAGCGAGCGGUUGAGCUUGAACCCUAAUUGAUACCAGUUUCUCAGCCGAGCGUGACAUUAUCUGCCCUUUCUCUACCAAUAGCCAGAAAGGCCUCACGUACCUCAAGGGGUGAUCUGUUCAAUUCUACGAGUCGCUCGUCCAUUGCGUGCCGAAGCAAGUCAGCUUCUUGCCGUGGGUGAGUAUAUUUUGGCUCGUAAUACA